AAAGGUGCAAUGAUAACUCAAGGCAUCUGACUUAAGGGAACUCAUCUCUGAACGUUACUUCAUACGUGAUUGUUCAUGGAAUAGCAGGACGUCAUGGAGGAGUUGAGGAACAGAGGUCAAAAGAGAGAAAACAGGCACAGGGACACAUGGGAUCCCUUUCAGCUGAAUCCCGUCGGGGCGGAGAAAGAAACGAAAAGAACAUGUUUUCGGAUAAUGCAGUCCUUCAUGGCCGUGCUGGUGGGCCUGCUGGUCUUGACCAGCGCCGUCAUCAGCAAGGGUUCGAUGCUGACCCUCGUCACGCUGUCCAGCCCAUAUUCACUGAGGAGCUCUACAGACAGGCAGUUCUACGCGCUUCUGCUGAUGUGUAUCGUGGUGACACCCAACCUGCUGGUGUUCCUCAAGUGUCUGUGGAAAUGCACCUUCAAAAGUUAUGUCGCACCCAACAUGAAGACCAUGGGCAUUAUGGCGGUGAUCGAGGUCCUGGUUGCCGUGGGGACGGCGGUGCUGGUUCUCAUCGUGAUGCCUCAGUUCGAUGUGCUCACCAACCUCUUCAUUUGUGGAGGCGUCUGCAUUCUCACCUCCAUCCUGCAGAUAGUCUUCCGACUCCCUCAGGAGCGCUGGAUGAUCAUCUUUCCCGUUUGCUCCCUGAUUCUGGUGCUCAUCGGCUACACCCUGCUGGCCGUCGACUACUACGUGCGGAUAUCGUCUCACGUCGUGGACCAAGACGAAAAUAGUUACAUGUACGUGGGCAUCGCCAUAUUCACCUCUCUGCUCAUCUCUCUUAAUUGGUGGGAGAACUCUCUGCAGGCCAGCAACAACAUUCAGGAGAUGCUGAGCGAGCUAGACGGCUUCAGAGACUUUGUGUUUAUGAUUACCAGCCUGCUGAGGAUCGCCGUCACUGUCGGCAUCUACUUCCUCUAUUACGGCCUGAUUGCUAAUCCCCGCAUCGACUUUGCGGAGUACUCACACAUAAAAGACGAGGCCCUUCAGGUAGGCCUCGGCCUGUUUUUCCUGCAAGCCUUCUGCUCAGCCGCCUGCCAUUGGUUCGGAGUGGUGGCCUGCAAGAUCCACGCGGUCAGGAUGAGCUUUGCCUUUCCCGUCUCCUUGACAGGCCCAGUCACUCUGAUCAUAGGCCUUGCGCUUUUCUUGACCAAAGCAGGCAACUUAGAUGUGGGCACCCAUAUCAUCUACGCCAACUACACGCCGAUCGACAACCCCUUCUUGGACUUUUGCGCUGGUCUGAAGAAGCUGCAGAAUAGCAACACCACGUCGGUGGUCCUACUGGAGCUCUCCAACAGCAUCUGCAGGACCUCGCUGAACAGCCACUACGCCCUUUGGCCUUUCUCCAUGCUUGUGCUGGAGGGAUUCUGCAUGUGGCUCGGGCUCAUCGCGUGCACUUACUACGUCUGGAGCAUGAAGGUGCCACGGAUCGAGCGAACCUCUCAGCUCUUCGUGCGCCGCCUCUACGAGUCGGCCUUCAUUAACCAGUCUCUGCUGCUGAACAUCAAGAUGAAAGUGAAGUACCCAGACAGCAUUGAUGAAGCAGAAAACUGUGUGAUUUAUCUGUGUGCGACAAUGUGGCACGAAACGUACGAUGAGAUGCUUAAGAUCCUCACUUCAAUGUUCAGACUGGACAGGUACAGAGGUGACCCAAAACACGAGCACCAGAAUGCUUUUGACUUCGAGUGCCAUAUUUACGUUGAUGACGCCUUCGAGCAAGAUGACAAAACUGGAAAGAGGCUUGUUAAUUCAUAUGUGGAUGAUCUAAUACACGUUGUCACGGAAGUGUACAGAGUGUUCACUAAUAAAGAGCCGGACGAGGUCUCCAUCAUUGAAACUCCGUACGGCGGCCGGCUUGUGUUCGUCCUGCCGGAGGGAAAUAUGUUGUACGUCCAUCUCAAGGACAAGCAGCUGAUCCGAAACAAGAAGAGAUGGUCACAGAUAAUGUACAUGUACUAUCUGCUGGGCUGGAAAGGAUAUAUAGUCAAAAAUCCCCAAAAAAUAACUAGGCAGAACAAUCCAUGCCGCGCUAGUCUCGUAUCGCUGGACGGACAGGCUUUCCUCCUGCCGAAUUAUGACAAUGACAGUAAAAGAAAAUACAUAUCAGAUGACAACACCUACAUCUUGGCGUUGGAUGGAGACACAGACUUCCACCCCUCCGCUGUGAUCUUAUUGGUUGACCGACUUCGAAUGUAUGCCAGUGUGGGCGCUGCUUGUGGAAGGAUUCAUCCAACUGGAAUGGGGCCGAUGGUGUGGUAUCAGAAGUUCGAGUAUGCUGUGGGUCACUGGCUCCAGAAGACAGCAGAGCACGUCUUUGGCUGUGUGCUUUGCAGCCCUGGAUGCUUCAGCUUGUUCAGAGGAUCUGCUCUGAUGGAUGACAAUGUCCUGAAGCGAUAUACCACCAAGUCCACCAGAGCUUCUGAGUACGUCCAGUAUGAUCAAGGUGAGGACCGUUGGCUUUGCACACUGCUCCUCCAGCAGGGUUGGAGAGUGGAGUACAACGCUGCCUCAGAUGCCUUCACCAACGCUCCCCAGGAGUUUAAAGAGUUCUACAACCAGAGACGGCGCUGGGGUCCCUCCACCCUCGCCAACACUCUAGAUCUCCUACACAGUGGAAAAGAGACUGUGAAGAGGAACACCUCCAUAUCUAUGCUCUACAUCUUCUACCAGAUCUUCACCGUGGCUUCCUCCAUUCUCGGACCUGCCUCAGUCACCCUGAUGGUCGCAGGGGCUUUCCAGUUUGUGUUCGCUAUCUCAGGCACUUUGUCCAUCAUCAUCGCUGUCAUACCUCCAAUCGUUUAUAUGCUCAUUUGUUUCGUGACAAAAGCCAACUUCCAGCUCACCAUAGCGUCCAUUCUGAGUGUCCUGUAUGCGUUUCUGAUGACAGCAUCCUUCUUCGCCAUUAUUGGUGACAUGAUAAAGGAAGAAACAUUCAUCACACCUACCGGGAUAUUCCUGAUCUCCAUGACUGUCCUGUACCUGAUCACAGCAAUACUGCACCCCAUGGAGUUCGGCUUGAUCAUCUACGGCCUCAUGUACUUCAUCUGCAUUCCCAGCGGCUACCUCCUUCUGACCAUCUACUCCCUGGUGAACAUGAACAUCGUCUCCUGGGGCACUCGAGAGUCUAACAAGGACAAAGCGGAGAAGAAGCACAGAGGAGUCCUGUGCGACCGCAACUGCAAACUCUGCUGCUGGGACGUGAGCAUCCAGGUCACCCAAGAAACGGAAAAUUUAGUCCUCCAGCAAAUCCAGCAAGCGGUUAAUACGAACGCUCCAGCUGCCCAGACAGAGAUGAAGGAGAUGACCACGCAAGAAAGUCAAAAACACUCUGAAAUUGACAAGAACGCUGCUGAAAACAACAAAAAUGUAGCCAAGAAGACAGAAGACACCAAGAAACCUCUCUCCAAACACAAGGACCUGGAUUCAGAUUCUGAGAAAAGUUACAGCGAGGGUGAAAGCAGCAUUGAGAAAAAAGACAUCGUUGAUGACGAUGAGGAUGACAGCGAUAGCGACAACUUCACGUAUGACGAUCAGGAGGAGGAGGAGAAGGAGGUUGUCCCUGAGAGUGACUGGGUUCGGCCGGUGAAAGAUGAAUUUCUGAAGAAGCUCACCUAUGCAAACCUGAAGAGGAACCUCCAGGAGCAGAUUAAGUACACCCUCAGGAACAAGAACGAGGAAGACCUGUGUGAGGAGCUGGUGCAGAUGCUGUCGGACACCGUCAACGAGGAGCUGAAGGACAAGGUGGGCCCGGAGGACAUCCUUUCUGACAGCCAACUGGAGGAACUGCAGGAUGCCCUGAACGAGUCGGCCAGGCGGAUCCUGAAGACCAACCGUAAGAAGAGGCUGGAGGCGAGGGUCAAACGAGCUAUUGAGAGAACCCUGGUGGCCCCUCAGGUUGAGAAACUCAGUGAGGAUGAGAACGAUUUCUGGAAAAAACUGAUCGAGCGCUACCUAGAACCCAUUAAUGAUCCAAAAGGUCAUAAGGAGGAAGUGGAGAGGGAGCUGAAGUCCCUAAGGAACAAGGCCGUAUUUCUGUACUUCAUUGUGAACGUCCUGUGGGUUGUGGCCACGUUUAUCCUUGAAGCCAUUGGCAGCGACUUAAUUACCAUCAAGAUCCCUAAAUAUUUACCCAACGGCUCUUUGUCUGAUGAACCGCUGAAGGUGGAGCCCCUGAGUUUAAUGUUCCUGCUGUCUUUUGCUGUUCUUCUGAUCGUACAGUUCCUGGCUAUGCUCUACCACAGAGUGUACACCCUCAUCCAUGUGUUGGCCUACAGAGGCUCAGAGAAGGACUACAAGGAAAAGGAUGAGGACGAUGAGAUGAUGAUCCUGGAGAAUCGGCUUGCAGAUGGCGUCGUCAUCUCCGGUGAAGACUUUUGACGAAGGACUGAGAAAACGUUCUGUGGAUCUUCCACGUUUGCAUGUUUACUUACAUUUGCACUUUUGGACGUCAGUCUUUCACAAGGGCUUACACUUUUAUCGUACAAGUUUUAUUGUACUACCACUUACAUGGACACAUUCUAAUCCAAUCCAGUUAAAAGUUAGUCAAAAAUGUGAAAAAUGGGGAAAUAAAACGUAUUGUAAGGGUCAGAGGAAUACUUAAAACAGAUUUUUUGAUGCUAAAGGCAGAUUUUAAGCCAAACUUUACAUUCACUGUACUUGAAUUUGUCAUGUUUAACACAUUAGGAUUUGACAGUCAUGUAGCUAUUCUUUUCUAUUAAAACAAAAGGGUGGAAAAUAUUUGAUUAACAAGUCAAACAGACCUCGGUGAAAGGAGGAUAAGCAAUCGCUGGUCAUAUAAUCAUUUGCAGGCAGGCGCUGGCUGGUAUGUUUAUGACUGGGCUUCAGUUAUCUGAGGUGUAAACCGUUAACCUAAAUCACAGCUCACUGAAUGUGUUGUGUCAUCGUUAUAAAGGUACAAAGUCACCAGGCUCUGUUAGAUAAGACGGGCUGGGUUGGUUACUUUCAAAACAAGUCCCUUCAGUGGUGUCUGCUGUUUACUUUCUUAAAUUUUUUUUAAUUGCUAGCCAGACACUGAAGUACAACAUGUUAUGAUAACUAUAUUUCCAGCCGGUAAAAGUCUGGCUGCCAAAGAUCAGCAACUGUAUAACAUUGCUUUUAAUUCAAUGUUUGUUUUUUGAUGGAGUGUGUAGAUAAUGGAGUUUACAGACACACAGUGGUGUGAACGACAAAGUUGCAGAAUUUUAGCUGUGCAUAACUGUAUUUUUAUGUCAAUAAAAUUCAUCAUGAACAUU